AAUUGAGUUGAACCUUUUUGUUUACUGUUUUCGCUGGCGGGCAGGAGUGAAAUUAAUUGAACGAAUUAGCGUGUAUUUUUGCUACUGCUCGUCCCGAAAAUGACUCAACAUGAUGCUGCAUCUCAGUGUCGAGUUUGUGAUAAAGCGAUCCGCGCCCAGAAACCGGUACACAUUUUCUUGCCGCUCGUGGGAAACGGGAAGGAAGCAGAUAUCAGCACGAAAAGCAUCGCCGAGAUGAUAAGCGAAUUGGCGGAUGUAACGAUCAGUCCCGAUGAUGAACGAUCGAAGUACAUCUGCUCCGUUUGCUUAAAAGCGCUCGAGAAAGCCUUUCAACUACGUCAACAGAUACGAGCCGCCGAAAGGGCUGAGCCGAGGCACUUGCAAUCGAUUCAGAUAGAAAACAUCGCCGAGCAGGACUACAGUUUGGAGUAUUUGGAUGAAUUUAAAGAUGAAAUCGAUAGCAGCGUUAUGCUGCUCCGGGAUACACUUACCGCCCUAUCCGACGAUCUUGGUGGUGAAAAUGAGCUUCCCGAAAAACAACCAACCGUUCGUGCACUGUCGGAGGUUGAAGAGGACGUCGAAGCGAUCGAACAGGGCAAAUUUACGUUCAUUGUGCCACCGCCGGACCUGAUCGCCAUUCGGAUUGCAUUUGAGCACUUUGAGUACUUGGAGCUGCGUGGCGAACGGUGUUGCGGCUGUCCACACAUUGCUGCGUCUCGCGAUGCACUGAUGGUGCACGCAAAGGAAACGCACUCCCAAAACUAUUACCCCGACGAUAGUAGCUACACGUGCCCGAUGUGUUAUCAAAAGUUUGCCACAGCCAGUGCACUGGAAAGCCACAACCAGUACUAUCUGUACGGUGAUGUGUUUCUGUGCAGCGUUUGUCGCAAUGCGUUCAACUGCCAGAAUCGGCUCAUGGUGCAUCUACAGGACAGCCAUCAGCUAGAACCGUCGCUUAAUGAUGGAGUGGAGAUUGGGCCGGCGCAAAAUGAGGGUGGACCGCAUUUGCAGGAAAAAGCGUCCUCGGUAGCUGGGACCAAUUUACCAUUAACAUUACCGGAACCAAAGUUUAUAAAAGAAACGCGCGUAUAUCCACAGUAUCGGCUAUACUGUCUCAGCGCAGAACGGUGCUGCGCCUGUGGCGUUUAUGAAGAAUCGCUCGAACGGCACACCUCCGAAUGUCACACAGAAAUGAGCGAGUCGGAAGCGGAUGGGCUGCCCCGGUGCAUCGUAUGUAGCCGUACCUUUCCCACCCACCAGGAGCAAAUCCUGCACGAGGAGGAGCGCAGAAAUACGAAGCAAAUUUACCAAUGUCGAAAGUGCCAAAAGCUUUUCGCUCGAAAGAACCAACUUCUGAAGCACUUACAAACAACAGAGUCCGGUUGCAAUGGCCAAGAGGGAAAGAUUGAAACGACCAUAAAGGAUGGCGAACGGGACGGCGUUUCAGGAAAUUGCUUUUGCUGCUGCUUUGCACGCUGCAAGGAGGAGUACGCGAACGAACGGGAUCUGCUCGACCACGCCCGGACCGUGCACGGCGGAAGAAGAAAGGAGAAUGAAUGCAAGCUGCAGGAACGGUAUGGGACGGCAAUACCGGAACGGCACUGCUGCCCUAUCUGCCGGCGAACGUUCGACAGUGAGGAAAAGGUGCAGAAGCAUCGCAGCUAUAAGCUCGCCCUGCCCAAGCAAACGUGCCGCCAGUGUGGCCGGGUGUUCAUGAAAGCGUCCGGGCUGCGGGAGCACCAGCUAAGGGAACAUUUGAAUCUGCAGCUAGAGUUUGGGUGCGAAGUGUGCGGGAAGCAGUUUGUAAAUCGGGCCACGCUGAACAAACACCGCCGGGUGCACGAACCGUCCCGCAACUAUCCCUGCUCGGUCGAGGGCUGCGGGAUGCUGUUUCGCGACAAGCCGCUGAUGCAACGGCACUAUCGCAAUGUGCACUCGAUGGUGCAGGCGUACGAGUGUUCACACUGCCAGAAGCGCUUCCGCACGAAGGAGUCGCUCGAUAUACACGAGCGGAGUCAUACGGGCGAGCGACCGUUUGCGUGUCGGUACGAGGGGUGCAGCAAGGCGUACGCACACGGUACCGAUCGGAAGCGGCACGAACGGUCGGCGCACACGGGCGAGAAGCCCCACACGUGCACGGUUUGUGGGGCGGGAUUUCUGCGCCGGCGGGAGAUGCGGCUGCACCUGGAGAAGGUUCACGAAUGGCAGGAGAAAUACAACCCGCACACCUGCGACUUGGUGUCGACCGAGUUCAUCAGCUGCCCGUUCGCGGCGUUCCAGAACUUGAUCGUCCGAUCGGCCGUACCGCCCCCGCUCGCCAUCCCACAGUUCCACCGUGCCGGCGCUCGUGCCCACCGCCAGUAUGUGCCCCUCGUGGAUCCAGCUCAGCGAACAGGCGUGAUCGUUGCCCUCGUUCUCGAACAGCAUCUCGAUUGUGCCGGUGGCCGCGUUCCACAGAUACCCCAAACAUCCACCAUGCUGCGAAGACCGUCGAAACGACGAAAAGUGUCCAACGUGGAGGAAGAAGAAACGGAAUUCACGCCAGCGUCUGUUGAGCAGAAAUGCUGCAUCUGCUCCAAACAUCCGAAGGGCGAUUUACUUGAACUUUCCACGGUUGUAGAAUCGGGCAGCUCCCUCACCAUUGCCACCGUUGUCGAACAGGUGGCCUCCAUCAAGGUAAACAAUGUCCAGAAGAGCAUUUGCGGUGGUUGUUGGACCAAAAUUCAGGCGGCCUACUCGAUACAGAAGGAAAUCCGCGGAUCAGAAUGUAUGGCACAGCAGGAUGUCGAGUGCUACAGCGAGACUGAGGAAGAGGAAGAGAACGCGGAAAAUGCCAACUGUCCCGAAAAGGACGAUCCGGACCCGCUCGUCGUAGAUGGCAUUGACGAGAGCGAAUAUUGCAUCGAAUAUCUGGAGGAACAGGAGGAAGAGCAGCAACCACCAGCAAAGGAAGAAGCCGCAGACAUUGAGAUUGAAGCAUGCUGCUCCGACGAGGAAGAGCACGAAGAGCUCCGAGCGGACGGUGGUAAGGUGACGCGUGAGUUCCAAAUGCCAAAUGAGGCCACGAUUGUGGCCGACGUGCUGCACGAGCAGUAUCGGAUGGUGGAGGUCACCGGGGAACGGUGCUGCGGGUGCAGCUUUGUCGCACGAUCACGCAAAGAGCUGCUGCAACACUCGGAAACGGUCCACUCGGUAGAGAUGACCGACCACGGCGACUACUGUCCGAUUUGUUUCUACAAAUUCUCCACCGAUCAGCAGCUCGAGCGCCACAUCGAUGAGUUUAAGCUGAACAAGAUGUACGUGUGUUUGCGCUGCAAUCGGUUCUACAACGUGAAGCGGAAGCUGUUUAACCACCUGCUCGAAUGUGGUGGCAUGGUUGAGGAGGUGGAAGUGCAGGCAAGCGGAACGAACAAUGAUGAUGCACUUACGAUCGAAGCCCUGAAAGAGGAGGACGGGGACGAGGAGGAAGGGCUGGAGGAAGAUAGUCAGUAUGAGGAGUGUUAUCUGCAGGAAGGCACAGACACGGACGAACAGCAAGAGCUGCACGCAGAGGACCGCCUACAGAACGCAACCGAUCCACGUGUGAUGCAUCGCUACAAAGCGCUGUUCGAAGAGGUGCUGUCGAACGAAGAGCUUUACUGCCAGCUGAGCGAGAAGGAACUGAACGUGCAGGAUGUGCAGAUCGCGGAGCAGCACGUGUUCGAAACGUUCAAGUACAUUCGGUUGCGGGGAUUGCGCUGUUGCGGGUGCUCCUACACCUGCAUGUCCAAGGCGCUGCUGAUUGAGCACAGCAAUCUGGCUCAUCCGCCCGAAAAUCCGCCGGAGCACGUUGAUGAGCAUUCGUGCGAGCUAUGCCGGGCGGAGUUUCAAAACACGCUGAAUCUCGUGAAGCAUAUCUGCUUCUUCACCACCCGGCAGCUGUUCCUGUGCACGGUGUGUGACGUUUCGUUUCUGAACAAGGAAAGCUUGCGGAACCACCAGCGCCACAACGAACGGCACCGCGAGCUGGAGAACUACAAGUUUGAGCAGGCCGGCAUCGAGCUCGACACAGCGGAAGGGUUCGUCGAGCUCGACCAGCCGGCCGUGGCCGACGAGCUGCGGAAGCUGGUGGUGGAAAAGAUUAGCUACCGGCCGAAAGCGGUCACCUGCAUUCCCAUGCCGGACGAACGGUUCAUCCGGCGGAGGAAGGAGUACAACAACUACAGCGUCCUGGUCGUGGCUGGCGAGUAUUGCUGCGGGUGUGGCAAGUUCUUCGAUACGACUUCCGAGCUACAGCAGCACGCCGAGCAGGAGCACUAUCUGCCGCUCAACUUUUGUGCCCGCACGUACGGCCACCAGUGCGAGAUCUGUUACGCUGUGUUUGAGCUGGAGCGGGGCUUCGCGGUGCACCGGUCCAUGAGUCGCUCCAAGCAAAAGACGCUGUACCUCUGCAAACUCUGUGGGCUGCUGUUUUCGAAGAAGUUCUGCCUAGCGCGGCACAUGCAUUCGGCCCCGAACCACCUGUCGCGGCUAAUCGUUGAUGCAGCGGCUAAUGCAGAACGCACAGGGGAGGAGCACGAUGCGCCGGAGGAAGCAGACGCGGAACCGGGUCCACCCGAGGAAGCCGUAUCGGAUCCACGCGUGAAGGAAGCGCUACAGUUGCACCGGUCGGUGGAAGCGAAAGGGCUGCGAAAGGUCGGCCAUCUCGUCUGGUACCACUGCUGCUUUCCCAAGUGUCCGGAGACGUUCACGAGCGAAGCGGCCCUGCUGGAGCACGCCCAGGCCGAGCACUACGGGCAGCGGCGGGAAAACCAAAACGAGCGCCAGCAGGACACGAACGUGUGUCCCACCUGCUGCAAACCAUUCCAAACGCUGGCGAAACUGUACUGGCAUCGGGUGAAACGGUUCGUGCCGCGCGAGUAUAAGUGCAAACAGUGCGCCAGCACCUUCGACCGGUGGGUGCAGCUGAAGAUCCACGUGGAGCAGGAGCACAGCGCCACGCCGCCCAGCUUCGAGUGUGCCGAGUGCGGCAAAUCGUUCGUGCUGCGGGCGAGACUGGUCGCCCACCAGAAGACGCACACCGACCGGAAGGACCACAAGUGCGACGUGUGCGGGUGUGCGUUCGUCAGCAAGGGGCUGCUGAAGCGGCACCGGCGAGCGCUCCACGCCACCGAGCUGCUGUUUGAGUGUAAGCUGUGCUCGAAAAAGUUUGCCGUGGUGGAAAAGCUGAAAAUUCACCAGCGCGUCCACACGGGCGAACGCCCCUACGAGUGUACGUUCUGCUCGCGCACCUUCAUACACUUCUCCGACCGGAAGCGGCACGAGAUGGCAGCGCACACGAUGGAACGCCCGUACAAGUGCACGCUCUGCCCGGCAUCGUACAUUCGCAACCGCGAGCUAAAUCUGCACAUGCAAAAGCACCAGUCGGAUGGAAAGGGGAAAAACCUCGUUAAAAGUAGGGGGGAACCUUGAACUGAGCAUGGCGAAGGAAAUCAUUUGAAUUAGUCAAUCGAAAAAAAGUCUAAUAAAACGGAUAUUUUGAAAUUGCGCAACGGUUAUCACGCUUCCAAGCCCUUAACCCAUCCGCCUAAACACGCCGGUCCGAGCGCACGGCGAGCUGUCAACGGCUCGGACCCGAACGGUGCUGUCAUUUUUGUGGAGUGUUUUCUUUUCGCUCGACUGUGUGCUCUCGUUUUGUAAACGCCAGAAAGAAAAGAAAACGAAAUUCUGCAUCUAGUUGAUCCACUUCUCUUUUCCCUUCUGAUUUUCCCGACCGCGCACACACACACACAAAGCACCGCGCCGCGUUUUGAAGUGGUGAAGUGAACCGGACGACCGCCGUCCGCCAGAACACAAAAUCGACCAGCGGUGUCGUCCGUCCCAGUUUCCGAGUUCCCCUGUUUGAAAGUGUUGCACACACAUACUCGCCGUGUUCCUCUGCCUUUCCCCGUUGCAGUGUUUAGUGUUCGUGCGGUCGUGUGUGCGUGUGUCCGGUUCGUCUCCGGUUCCGGAAGGUUUCAAUCCGUGCCUAGCACAAAUCGUCGAUCGUCGUCGAAAGCUACUGGAGAGGUGGCUGCCUAACAUAAGGGGUUAGUAGGCACACACCCAGCUCGGUCGCUCUGCCCUACCGUCGUGUACCGUUCAAGUGGGUGUGAGUAAUUUCACACCGCCGCCUGUGUGUGUUUUUUUUUUUUUGCAUUU